AUGGGUUCGACCAACGCUAUAUCCACAGCCGUCGACGACUGUGCUCGCGCCUUUCUUAGCCUUGCCGGAAGUUUGGAAAAACCAACCCGGUUUGCUGAGCAAGUAGCUGCUGAGUCGAUUUUGGAUGAAUUCGAUCGCUUUAAACUAUGGGCGGGCAAUAUCGCUGCACACAGAAAAGGCCGACGUUCACUUGAGAACAGACUUCGCGAUGCCACUCGUCUCAAAGAGGAGACCUAUGGCUUACUCACGUUAUUAUCCGAUGCAUUGAAGAAGGCACUGUCCAUUGUCGAAGGAGAAUGCAUACCCUGGGACGAGGAGACAUACUCGGACUCUGAAUCUGAACCCUCGGACGACGAGACCAGCAACCCAGAUCUCCAAGGCAAUACUGAACUCAAGCAGCUCUAUGCAAGCACAAAGACGACAGUAACGUCUCUCAUGAGGAUUUCUAUGGCUAUACGAGAACCAGCCCUCAAUAGUCAGUCAAGGAGUAUCGACAAGUCUCACUUCCAACAGCACGAUAUACAGCAUGUUCAGAACAAGUUUCCAAGCGCACCAGGCUAUCUGACUGAAAGAUUGGGUCAUGCCAUAUCUAGCCGGAGGCAAUAUCUCGCUUACAGGGAAACCCAUCAUGAAAAACUGACCAAGGGUAUCGAUAAACUUGGUCUUGAGGCAGCACGAUCGGAGUUCACUACUAACUCAACGGAAGCAACGAGGCUGCAACGGACUGGCAGCUUCAACAUACUAGACGACGACAAUGAUACAGCAUCUCAGACGUCGUAUGCAACAUCCAUCAAUGCUACAGUGAGGGCGCCCAAGCUUCCUAAAGAAGCCCGAGAGAAAGAUUACUACGACUGUCCUUUCUGUUUUGCUUUGAUUGCUAUCCACACAACAGCAGCUUGGAAACGUCACGUCUAUCAAGAUCUCCACCCCUAUUGUUGUACGUUCGAAAACUGUACAACCGCUGACAGACUAUAUGACUCUCGGCAUGCCUGGUUCGCGCAUGAGCUUGAAGCUCACCACUCAUCUUUCCAGUGCGUUCAAGGGUGUUUGGAAGCUUUCCAGACCGAGUCGGACUUCGAGGGUCAUAUCAAAUCCAAACACGAAGAUCUUGCAGCGCCAGCUGUCUAUUCAGCACUCAGGCGGGCUUCCGCUAAAACACCUGGUAUUAAUGAGGAAACAACUUGCAAGCUAUGUGCCAGACGUAUGACAUUGCGUAAGAUGCAGAAGCAUUUAGGCCAUCACCACGAACAGCUUGCUCUGUUUGCUCUUCCAGCGAAUUUGGACGAUAUCGAGGACGACCCGGAUGAGGGAAAUCAAGAUUCUGUGCUAAAGGUUGAGGGAGACAGAGAAGAGGAAGGAGAAGAUCUGACCGACACAAGCGAUACUUCCGAAACAGAAGAACUUGUCCAAAGGAGCGAUGACCUGCAUAAAGAUCCAGUUUCAACCUUCUAUGAUCAAGAUAGUGAGAUCCAAUACCAUCCAGAUUCCGGGCAUCGGGGACUUGUAGGCCAGCACGUGUACAACUCCAGUCAUGGGAACAUUGACGGAGGUCAUGCAUACUUAGGCGACACCAAUUUCGACAACGACAACGACGACGGCGACGACGAAGAUGAAGAUGAAGAUAACUCUGAUCCCUUCGCAAACUCCAGACAAGUUCAUAUCGAUCGAGUGACCGACGCUAAAAACCAAGCCAACGUGCAAGAGAAAUCUGAUUCUAAAGCAUCUCAACAGAGUCCAGCGAACAGGGAAGAUUUGAUAAAGGCAUUGGAAGGAGCUGGUGAAGAAGGGUUGGAUAUUUCCUUUCUUGGCAAUGUGCUGACAACUGUGGGCGAGACGGCUCAAGCUACGAGAGACGAAGCAGAGCGAAGAACGAGCGUUGCUCAACAGCGGGCAAUUGACGCGCUUGAGGCAAAAAAGAGAGAUCGAGAAGUAGUAGAGGUUGAAGAAGAGCCUUACAUACGCCAAUUGUCGUAUGGAGAAGAGGACACUGAAAGAACGAUCGAGGCGCCAGUAAAGCGUGGAGAGGCUGAGCGUGAGAGGAAAGUAGCUCAACAGGCAGCAGUAGAUGACUACAAUCGGGAGAAGGCUAAAGAAGAAAAGGAAGCGGAAGAAGAGCGCAAUCGAAUCAUCUAUGAGUACGAGCGCAAGAAGGAGCGUGAGGAGCCAAUUCUACUGAGGAUAGAAGAAGAGAAACAGAGGCAGAAAGACAAGGAAGAAUAUGAAGUCUUUCUGUCAAAGCAAAAAGACAAAGAAAAUGUAGAGAAGGCACGAAGGGUGGUAGAGGAUAGAGACCUUGAUGAGAUCAUGCGUAAGCGUCUGGAAGAGUUUGACUUUCAUGAAGACCAGAUACAGACCAUGAUUCAAUCCGAGCAGACGAAAACGGGGGGAAAGGGCAAGGCUGCGAUUUCUACAAACGACGUCUCUUUGAAUGCCCCACAGCCUACCUACGCCAAGGUUGCAAGAGAGCAUCUCGACGUUGAAACUCUCCAUUAUUACGACAUCCUGUACGAGUACGACGAGGAUCCCAACUACAUCAUCGUUUUGAGAGAGUUGAAUGAGAGAGAAGCUGACAUCCUGUUCGAACACACUCGACGACUUCGCAGUAACAAUGGGAAACGUCUUUUCAUAGAAGCAGAAGGUAGUGGCAACCGCACGUCAGAGAAAUCCGGGUCCGAGGUCGAGAGAAGCGAGAGGUCGCAGCCGCAAAAACUUAGGAUGCCCAGCGUAUCUGAUGUACAUCAGCAGCAGCCAGAUGAAUCAUUGCACUUGGAUCUUUCUGGCGACCACUCCGAGAAGGAGAUCGCCGAGAAGCAGUAUACGCAGCAAGGACAAGCCACUCAACAAUACUCGACUCUCUCCCCCUUUGGCGGGUUGGUUAACCCUUUUCCAGCUGAUCGGGCCUCAGAGCUGCCGUUAUACAUUGGGAACAGCGACAAUGAAUACGAGAGGAGCAAUACUUUUGAGACGAGCUCUGCAGCGAAGAGUCAAGAGAGAGAUACAGUGCAAAUUCCAAUCACGGAAACUAAGCGUCGAGCUUCUUUUUCGUCCAGAGCAUGGCCAAAAGCUGGUUACAGCAGGAUUACAUCUCUUACUCCAAAGUAUAAGAAAGGUGAUCAUGUGCAGAUGGGAGUAGUUGAGAAUGGUCAAAGGAUGAAAGGAGUUUUCACCAUUCAUGGUGCGGAACCAAACAACAGAGGGUGGUUUGAGUACAGUUUGGCUGACACUUUCACCGGCAAGCUGUACAAGAACGGUGCUGCUGUCCACGAGAAGGACUUGAAGCCAGGCACGUGA